GCCCGCACCGCGCCUCCCCUUCUAGGACCGAGCCCCUCCACAUCCCAGUCCGAGCCCGCCUUCCUCGACGUGGGCCUGCCUGCCGGGGGCGGAGCUGCGCCAGGUGCGGACCCGGUGCGUGGCGGGAGGGCGGGCGGCUCCGAGCGCCAGGUGCGGCUUCCGCGUCAAGAUGGCGGCCCCCUGCCGCUCCGGGGCCGGUCUCCCGCCCUGCUGCCGCCGCGGCCUUCCUGCGGGGGCCCCGCUGCUGCGCGUCGCCUUCUGCCUCCUGUGCUGGGCCCCAGCGUCUGUGGGCGCCGUCCCCGAGCUCGGGCUCUGGGAAGAGACGGUCAACGACAAAUCAGGACCUUUGGUAUUUAGCAAAACUAUGUUUAGCAAUACUGAUAUCAAGUUUUCUGUUAAGUCAUUCAGUUGUUCCAGGCCUGUGAAGUUUACCAUCGAGUGGCUUUUGAAGCAUCAUACCUGUCAAAAUGAAUAUAAAAAGCUGGAAGAGCAGUCUCAAAAACAUGAACUUCGUGUUGAUGAAGACUUUUGUGAUUAUUAUUUUAAGAACAUUGAAUGUUGGACAACAAAAAAUGAAAACUUAGAUUGCAACAGUGAUUUACAGGUGUUUCCCUCGCUGAAUAAUAAAGAACUAAUAAAUAGCAGAAAUGUCUCAAACCAGGAAAGAUCAAUGGAUGUUGUAGCCAGAACAGAGAGAGAUGGGUAUCAUAUCUUUAUUGUUUCUAUUAAAGCGGAAAAAACAGAUGCACCCUGGAAUUUGAAUGUUUCUCUUUCUAUGAAGGGGCCUCAUGGAUAUAUCUCUGCAGCAGAUUGGCCUCUAAUGAUUUUUUACAUGGUGAUGUGUAUUGUUUAUAUACUAUAUGGCAUACUCUGGUUGAUGUGGUCUGCCUGUUAUUGGAAAGAUAUAUUAAGAAUACAGUUCUGGAUUGCAGCUGUUAUUUUCCUGGGAAUGCUUGAAAAAGCAGUUUUUUAUGCCGAAUACCAAAACAUCAACAGCACUGGACUGUCAACCCAAGGUUUAUUGAUAUUUGCGGAGUUGAUAUCUGCGAUCAAGAGGACAUUGGCCCGCCUCCUUGUGAUCAUCGUGAGCUUGGGUUAUGGCAUUGUGAAGCCGCGUUUAGGAACAGUCAUGCACCGGGUGAUCGGACUGGGGCUUCUUUAUUUUAUCUUUGCAGCUAUCGAAGGCGUGAUGAGAGUUAUUGGGGCAAAUGAUUCUGACCUUGUGCUUCUGGCCAGCCUCCCUCUCUCUCUCCUUGACUCUGGCUUGUGCUGGUGGAUUUUUAUAAGUUUAGCACAAACUAUGAAGACUCUGAGGCUGAGAAAGAAUACAGUGAAAUUUUCUUUAUACAGGCAUUUUACAAAUACACUUAUCUUUGCUGUGCUGGCUUCUGUAGUAUUUAUGGUAUGGACAACAAAGACAUUCAGAAUUGCGAAAUGCCAAUCAGAUUGGAUGGAACGCUGGGUUGAUGAAGCAUUUUGGAGCUUCCUUUUUUCACUUAUCCUUCUUGUCAUAAUGUUUCUGUGGAGGCCAUCGGCAAACAAUCAGAGAUAUGCCUUCAUGCCCUUAAUAGAUGAUUCUGAUGAUGAAAUUGAAGAAUUCAUGGUAACAUCUGAAAAUUUAACUGAAGGAAUAAAAUUAAGAGUCUCAAAAACGGUUUCCAAUGGAACAGCUAAAGCUGCUACUUCUGAUAAUUUUGAUGAAGAUUUGAAGUGGGUGGAAGAAAAUAUUCCCUCUUCAUUCACAGAUGUAGCUCUUCCAGUGUUAGUGGAUUCAGAUGAGGAAAUCAUGACCAGAUCUGAAAUGGCUGAAAAAAUGUUCUCUUCAGAAAAGAUAAUGUGAUUGGAACCCACAUCAGUGAAACCUAGUUAAUGGUGAAGGACUGUCCUUCAUCAAGACUGAAAGAGUGUUGUUUGGAUAUGGCAAAAUAAGUUUUUAUUGUGUUAUCUUGGAAACGAAGGAUUUAGGUGGUGGGAGGAUUUUGUAAUCCUUUUAGAGCAGACUCUUGAAUGUCAGUUUAUUGUCCAUCGAAUGGCCUAGAUUUGUGAAUAAUCUGAGAGAAGUAUUAUGAAGAUACAUGCACAAAUGCCUCUUUGGUGACACGUGGCGGGCUUGUGGACUUGUCUUCACUUUCUUUUCUCUGGAAAAUAUGACAAUUCCAGAUUUAAAAAAAGAAUUUAAAUAAGCACUCCUACUGUUUUUUCCACUUACCUUUGAGAUAGAUUAUUCUGCUGAAGUGUAGUAUAUCCGUGUCUCCAUCUCUUGGGUUUAUAUAUCCUAGGUGCAAUAAUAAUUUUUUUGACUUUUAUACUGAAGUGAUUUGAUAUUAAGUAAAACUUGGUUAAUGUUGAAACAUGGAUGUGUUUACAUGUUUAAUUUUUUCCUCUUUUUUUUGUCUGCACAAAGCCCUUGUUUGUAAGUACCACCAUGCACAUCAAAUGAUGGAGUAGGUAUUCUCUGAGCUCAGGGGAACACAGAGAGAGAAGUCUUGAUGGUCACUUCCAAAGAUUUGCUCUGCCAGUGUCCCCUCACUCGUGCUGUGUGUACAUGUGCUGCUGCUGAAUCUGCUGGGGGCAGGUGGUAGACACCUGGCCACAUGGCUCCCCAGAGCACUUCCUACUGGGCAAGCUGGGAGACUCAUACUGGUGAACCUUGUAGAAACUAGAACUGUCUUUUACAUAAUCUUGGCAUAUUCCAUUUCAUAAUAAAAAUAUAUAUUUAACUGCAUGGUCCAUCACUGCUAAUCUUGUAGUUAGUUUCUUAACCUUCAAUUAUGUUUUAUACCUUAUUUUGUUACAUUAUAUAUUUGUAAUGUGUAAUUUGCAAUCUUUUGUUUUACUAUGUUUUUAAAAAUGUAGAAUGUUCUAAACCUGAAAGGCAGUUGAAUGUAGUGUGACGAAAAUGUGUUUGCUGCUUUCGUGACCAAAGAUACAGGGCUAUGGACAUUUAGAAUAGUAAUUAAUUAUGGUAAUUAAAGUUAGAAUCUUGCAUGUCUUUUCUUUUUGGCAGCUGGCCGGUAUGGGGUUCUAAACCCUUGACCUUGGUGUUCCCAGUGCCACACUCCGGCCAGCGCAUUCUUUGAAGGAGUUCUAACCUUGUGAAUUGAGAAUGACUUCAAAGAAUUUUGAUUGAGAAAUUAUUAAAUCUUAACCAGUACAAACAAUUAAUUUAACCAGUACAAACAAUUAAUGUCUAAUUUUUUGUACUGUGAAGACACAAAACGAAAUUUUUUCUUUCAAAAGCCUACCUUCUGAAUUUAUUUCUUAUUUAUUCAUUUUAGAGAAGUUAGUAAAGAAGAUUAAUUUCUGAUAGUCUCUUGAAAGAUACUUGCAAAUGUGUUUUCAAUAGUGAACAUUUGGAAAGUGGACAGUGUGGGCAAACAUUACUGAGAAAGGCGUGGUUUUCAAGAUGCCAUUGCUUUGGGACAUCCUUGCUAGGAAAAGAAUGUCUCAUUUAACAGUUGUGGAUGCCAUUCCUUCAGUUUCUGCUGGAAUAAUGGGCUCACUCCCUCCCACCGUGUUUCCCAGCAUUUAUGUCUAUUCUAGUAUUGGUGAACUCUGCCCUUAGCCCAGUUGUUUCAGAGCUGGAGGUGACCACUGCCUUCUUAUUUCUAACAGUUUAAUCUAAUACCCCACUCCCUAAGUUUUGAGGCAGAUUGACCCCCAGCUCACCAUAUGGCUCUAGUCAAAUUUUGAAAUGCAGAAUAUUGGGCUUGCAGCUAGUAGGGAGCUGCAAAUUUAGUGGUGCAGGAGUGGGGAGUUGAUGGUAAGUGUGAUAAUAAGGGAAAUUGCCUCUGACAUAACCUCAAAAACACUUUCUACAGCCGGAAGGAUAAAUGAUGUUAGUUGUGUAGCUCAGCUACAGGCUGAAAUGCAAACUUUUUUCUUUAUGCAGAGAAAGCAGGAUUCCUUCCUAACAACCUCAUCAAAAAUAUUGUACCUAGAAGGGCAUGUGCUAUGUUUGUCACUUUCAGUGAUAACUAUCAUCUGUGAUGUUUAAUGACCUGCAUUGAGCAUCCCUGUAGAAGACCUUCUCAGCCUCUCAUAUACACAGGAGAGGACUCCCUAGAGCCACAGCUUAGUUCAGAUGAAGGACACUGGGGAGAAGUUACAGCAGGGCCACUGCAUGGCUUGUCAUCUCUGACUCUGCACAGAGUUUCCAGAAACUGGUCAUCGGGGCCUUUGAGGUGCUCAGAUCAGUUUAUUUUUAGGAUGCUGUCAGGAUGGGUCUCUAUUAAUGAAGGAUUCUGAGGAUAAGGGUUCAGUUUUAUGUGUUUCUAGGUAAAAAUGCUUACGUGUUCUUGUAACACAGUUCAUGUUAGAUUUAUAUGAUGUGUGAAAUUUGCUUAAAAGGGAAUUUUUAUGAUUUGAGUUACAUGAGUAUUUAAAUAUCUGCUUUAAAGGGUAGUUUAUUUCAAAAUUAAGGAAAAAUAGGUGAAUAUGUGAAUAUUUUAAGCCUGGAGAGAUACAAUGUUUCCAUACUUUUCCUGUAACGAAAAUAAUUAAAUCUUUCAUGUCCUGUUGAAAAUACCCACAUUUUGCCCUAUAUUACAGUACAUUAUGUUUGCACUACUGUAUUAUCAAGACUGAAAAUAUUUUUAAAAGUACAUACAAGGUUGAUUUUUUGUAUUUUUUAAAAUGAGGUUUGAAUCUGUUGCACUAGGCUAUACAAGACUAGUUUGAAUUUGAGAGAUUAUAAAUCACUAAUUCUGGUACUUGUGUCUUUGUAUGAUCAAUAGCAUGCAAUAAGCAAUACAAAACACCUGGCCUUAUAAGAAGAAGUUUAAUGUAUUUGUUAAAGUUCUAAACAUCCAAUAUAAGUGGCAAAACUAGAUUUUUAAGGAAGUGUAGAUUAUAAUACAGGAGCUCAAUACUGCAUUAGGAAACUUCUUUAGAACUAGGAAAACAUUAAUUUAUUUGGAGAGAGUUAGAGGUUUACGAAGUUUUAUUUUUCUAUUUAAAAAGGUUAAAUUGUCCUAUAAUUUGGAAGAAGUUUCUUUGAA